UUGCCAUCCAUUGUCUGGAGAAUGUAGCUGCAAAGUUGGCUGGGCUGGACUCUACUGCAAUGAAACCUGUCCCCCUGGAUACUACGGUGAAGGCUGCCAGCUGACCUGCCCUUGCCAGAACGGUGCAGAUUGUGACAGCAUCACCGGGAAGUGUUCGUGUGCACCGGGAUAUAUGGGAGAUGACUGCACCAUUACCUGCAUGGCGGGAACCUACGGUACCAAUUGCUCAUCAGUUUGUAAUUGCAAAAAUGAUGGUGCGUGUUCCCCUGUGGAUGGUCUGUGCUAUUGCAAAGAAGGGUGGCAAGGAGUGGAUUGCUCUAUUCCAUGUUCAAGUGGAAGCUGGGGUCUUAACUGUAACCAGACAUGUUAUUGCACAAACGGAGCAGCCUGCAGGCCGGCUGAUGGCUUUUGUCUCUGCUCACCUGGCUGGCAAGGGGAGUACUGUGACCAGCCGUGUCCUGAUGGAACAUAUGGUCUUAAUUGCAGUGAACGUUGUGACUGUAGCCAUGCAGAUGGGUGCAAUCCUGUCACCGGUUACUGCUGCUGUCUUGCAGGCUGGACAGGCAUCCACUGUGACAAUAUAUGCUCCCAGGGCCGCUGGGGACCAAACUGCUCCAUCUCCUGUAACUGUGAGAACGGGGGAUCCUGCUCCCCCGAGGAUGGCACCUGUGACUGUGCGCCAGGCUACAGGGGACCCCUGUGCCAGAGAAUUUGUCCCCCUGGCUUUUACGGACACCACUGCGGUCAGCCAUGCCCCCAGUGUGUGCACAGCAACGGGCCUUGCCACCACGUGUCAGGACACUGCGAUUGCUUGCCUGGAUUCUUUGGCGCUCUCUGCAACCAAGUCUGUCCCAGUGGAAAGUACGGGAAGAACUGUGCCGAGGUCUGCCAGUGCACCGAGAACGGGACGUGCAGUCCCAUUGAUGGGUCGUGUCAGUGCUUUCCGGGCUGGAUAGGGACCGACUGCUCUCAGACUUGUCCCAGUGGUUUUUGGGGCCCUGAUUGCUUUCAUUCAUGCAACUGCCACAACGGAGCAAUGUGCAGCCCUUACGAUGGAGAAUGUAGAUGUACUCAUGGUUGGACGGGGCUCUACUGCACUCAGCGUUGCCCAGCUGCUUUUUACGGAAAAAACUGUGCCAACGUUUGUCAGUGUCAGAACGGGGCGGACUGUGACCACAUCACUGGCCAGUGCACCUGCAGGACGGGAUUUACAGGCAAACAAUGUGAGCAGAAGUGCUCACCAGGAACAUUUGGUUAUGGUUGCAAACAACUGUGUGAAUGCAUGAAUAAUGCUACGUGUGACCAUGUCACAGGUACUUGCUACUGCAGUCCAGGCUUCAAAGGAAUCCGAUGUGAUCAAGCGGCUCUUAUGAUGGAAGAAUUAAACCCCUAUACUAAAAUUAGCCCUGCUCUUGGAUCAGAGAGGCACUCAGUGGGAGCAAUCAUUGGAAUUAUUAUUCUCCUUCUAAUUAUUAUGGUCUUGCUGGCACUGUUUGUGUGGUAUCGACGGAAACAGAAGGAGAAGGGCCAUGACAUGCCAAGUGUAUCUUAUACUCCAGCCAUGAGGAUGACUAAUACAGAUUACUCACUUUCUGAUAUAUCUCAAGGUAGCAGCAGUGUACAUUGUUUUUCCAACCCAAGCUACCACACUCUCUCAUGUGGUGUGACUUCACGCUUCUUUACCAGUAAUCUGGAUGGAAACAGCUCCAGACCAUUCAUGGACUACGCUAUUACUCAAUUCACCACUUCAGCAAUAGAUUUCGACAUGGUAAAUG